AGGUGUACCCGUUCUCAGGGUUUGGAGGCAGGGGAUUUCGAGCUUCCGCGGGUUUCUCCCACCGUGUCAAUCCUCCGUUGAUCCUCACCGCUUUGAAAGCAUGGCUUGCGGGAUCCUUCGCGUCGUUUUUCCCGCUGCGGACGCGUCGCCACAGUUUUUCAAAUCUACUCAGCUCUUUGCCCGAAAUUUCCGUACUGAUGCCCGUUUACGGUCAGAAGCUAAGCCCGCAGCCAAACCUGCGGAACCCGCGCCGAAGGGUACUCCGUACAACAAGCUCAGUAUUGGUGUACCAAAGGAAGUCUGGCAGAAUGAGAAACGGGUCUCUGUGACACCCGCGGUCACAGCAGCAUUUAUUAAGAAAGGAUUUACUGUCAACUUGGAGAAUGGUGCCGGAGUUGCCGCGAAAUUUCGUGACGAUGAUUACGCGGCUGCCGGUGCGAAGAUUGGGGAUAGAACAUCUGCUUAUCUCUCAGACAUCGUGCUGAAGGUUCGCCAACCAGUUCCUGACGAGGUUGGACUUUUCCGAGAGCACUCCAACCUCAUUUCGUUCCUGUAUCCCGCACAAAAUAAAGAUCUCAUCGACAAGCUGGCGAGUAGGAAUUUAACCGCCUUUGGUAUGGAUUGUGUUCCGCGCAUUUCCCGCGCUCAAGUAUUCGAUGCCCUAUCCUCCAUGGCGAACAUCGCCGGUUACCGUGCUGUGGUUGAAGCCUCGAACCAUUUCGGAAGAUUCUUCGCUGGCCAAAUCACUGCUGCCGGAAAAGUUCCUCCAGCAAAGGUUCUUGUGAUUGGAGGAGGUGUUGCAGGUUUAGCGGCCAUUGGACAGGCUCGCAAUAUGGGAGCCAUUGUUCGUGCUUUUGAUACCCGGGCUGCCGUGAAAGAGCAGGUUGAAACGUUUGGCGCUGAAUUUCUCACGGUUGAUAUUGAGGAAUCUGGCGAAGGCACUGGAGGUUACGCAAAGGAAAUGAGCAAGGAAUUCUACGAAGCCGAAAUGGCUCUUUUCGCAAAGCAGGCGAAAGAUGUAGACAUCAUAAUCACUACUGCAUUGAUUCCUGGGAAAAGGGCUCCUGUACUCAUCAAGAAGGAACACAUUGAAAUGAUGAAACCGGGAUCAGUGGUAGUCGACUUGGCAGCAGAAGCUGGAGGCAACAUCGAAACCACUCGUCCCGGAGAAGUGUACACUUACCACGACGUUGUCCACGUGGGACUCACGGAUCUCCCGAGUCGAUUGCCCACGCAGAGCUCCACUCUGUACGCCAACAACAUUUCCAAAUUCUUGCUGUCGAUCGGAGAAAAGGAUCAUUACCACAUUAAUCUUGAAGACGAGGUCGUGCGUGGAGCCAUUGUGUUGCAGGACGGAAAGCUGUUGUGGCCUGCCCCACCUCCUCCGAAGACAGAAGCUGCGAGGUUGCCGGCUGGAGGCGCAAAGGCCGCCGUUGUUCCGCCGCCGCCGCCAAAUUACUUCAAUUUGACCAUGAAAGACGCCAUGAUGUACGCUGGUGGUUUGGGAGGCAUGAUGGGACUAGGAAUCGCUUCACCCAACCCAGCAUUUACCACCAUGAUGACCACGUUUGGACUGGCUGGCAUAGUUGGUUACCACACUGUCUGGGGCGUCACUCCAGCCCUCCAUUCGCCUCUCAUGUCCGUCACGAACGCCAUUUCGGGCAUCACGGCCGUCGGUGGCAUGUUGCUCAUGGGUGGCGGCUACUACCCGACCAACACUGUCCAAACCCUGGCCGCCACAGCCGCCUUCAUCUCCACCAUCAACAUCUUCGGUGGAUUCAUCGUGACGCAACGCAUGUUGGACAUGUUUAAGCGUCCCACGGACCCUCCGGAGUACAAUUAUUUGUAUGGAAUCCCGGCGUCGACGUUUUUGGGCACGUAUGUUUGGGCCGCUGCUAAUGGGUAUCCCGAGGCUCAUCAGAUGGCGUAUCUGGCGGCGUCUUUGUGUUGCGUCGGAGCCCUGGGUGGGUUGUCGUCACAAAAGACUGCCAGGUUGGGGAAUGCGUUGGGCAUCAUGGGUGUGACUGGAGGCAUUGUUGCGACCCUUGGACUCAUGGCCCCGUCUCAAGAAGUCCUGGUGCAGAUGGGACUGGCCGCCUUGGCUGGUGGCGGCCUUGGCACCACAAUUGCCAAGCGGAUCGAAAUCACGGACCUUCCGCAGCUCGUGGCGGCUUUCCACAGUCUCGUCGGCGCCGCUGCUGUGCUCACUUGCCUCGCCACCUUCAUUGACCAUCACCACACCUUCGCCACGGACCCGGCAGCCAAUGUAGUGAAAACUGCGCUGUUUCUGGGCACCUAUAUUGGCGGAGUCACGUUCAGUGGUUCUCUGAUUGCCUACGGAAAGCUGCAGGGGAUUUUGAAUUCGGCGUCGCUGUUGUUGCCUGGGAGACACGCGUUGAAUAUGGGACUGAUGGCCGGGAAUAUUGGAGCCAUGAUUUGGUACUUCAUGGAUCCGUCGAUGAAUGUCGGCCUGUCCAUGUUGGGAGCCACGACUGCGUUGUCUACGAUCAUGGGCGUCACGCUAACUAUGGCGAUUGGAGCGUCUAAUUCAGGAGCGGACAUGCCAGUCGUGAUCACGGUGUUGAACAGUUAUUCAGGCUGGGCAUUGUGUGCGGAAGGCUUCAUGUUGAACAACAAUUUGAUGACGAUUGUUGGAGCGAUGAUCGGUUCUUCUGGAGCUAUUCUAUCCUACAUCAUGUGCAAGGCCAUGAAUCGUUCUCUUCCGAAUGUCAUUCUUGGAGGCUAUGGCACGAGCUCAACUGGUGGUGGAGAGGCCAUGAAAGUGACUGGAACUGCUAUCGAAGUCAAGGCUGAUGGAGCAGCUGAUGCCAUUGUUAAUGCGAAGAACAUCAUUAUCACUCCUGGUUACGGUCUGUGCGUUGCCAAGGCGCAGUACCCGAUCGCAGAGAUGGUUGAAAUUUUGAAGAAGAAGGGCAAGAACGUGAGAUUUGGGAUCCAUCCAGUGGCUGGACGAAUGCCGGGACAGUUGAACGUAUUGCUGGCGGAAGCCGGUGUUCCGUACGACAUGGUCAUGGAAAUGGAAGAGAUCAAUGAUGACUUCAAGGAGACGGAUCUUGUUCUCGUCAUUGGAGCUAAUGACACUGUGAACUCGGCUGCCGAGGACGACCCUAAUUCCAUCAUUGCCGGAAUGCCCGUGUUGCGAGUUUGGAUGGCCGAACAGGUGAUCGUGAUGAAGCGAUCGUUGGCAGUUGGGUACGCUGCAGUGGACAACCCGUUGUUCUACAAACCCAAUACUCAGAUGUUGUUUGGCGACGCGAAGAAGACCUGCGAUUCCCUGCUCACCAACGUGAAGUCUCACUACGGCCUUUAGUAAGACGCCCGAUGCGUUGUAGUUGACGUCGGGCAUUCGAAAAAUCCUGGCCUUGAAAUUCGACGUAAAAGGAGGUGGUUCGUGUCCUGAUAAAAAAUUCAAGGGACAUCACAUUUAGUACAUACAAAGGGAGGGAAAAAAUGGAACUACAGAAGACAACGAUAUUUGUGUGGAAUUUGAUUCUUGCAAAAUAUUUGGAACUGAAAUUCUGUGGUGUGUGAAAACUUUGAAAAGGGGAUAACUGCUGUUUCCUCGCGCGUGUUUUUGGAAAUAGCGCCUGUGAAAAGAAGUGAGAUGCGUUGUAAAUUAGGGCUCUUACUUUGUUACACGACCACCUUCUUUCACGUUCGCCUUUCGUUUCAUUAAGGCAGGUAAACAUGUUGAUUUGUUUUGAUUGGUUUCGUUUCGAGUGUUCAGAAAGAUGUUCAGAAUUUCAGUCACUUGUGGAUUCGCUCCUCGGAUUUUCAGUCUCGCUUUAUCCUUGAAAACGCAGAAGUCGUGGAGUAUAUUUUGCAUUUAAUGCUGGAAUUUUGUCGAGGUUUAGGGAAAGUAAAUGGCUUCUCGAGUUGGAUGAAGACGUUUCACUCAUCGGUAUGUUCGAAAUUCUAGCUCGUGUUGCGCCGUGGAAGUGUUCUGUAGAUUUUUGUGGAGCUUCGAAAGAAAUCCUGUAGGGUUUGUGAAAUUUUGUGAUAGAUGUGGAUGCAUUUUGUGUAGCUGUCGCUUGGGAAUGCACCUGUUUGUUGCUAUGAUCAA